CUGGUGACCUUGUCGAGGAAGUUGGAUUGGUUGAUAUUUAAAUUUCUGAAACUUGUACAUACUUUGGACUUGUGUUUUAGGUGUAUAAUAAUUUGGUUGAUUAUAGUUGUGUAUACCCAGAUUGUUGGUCUGGGUGUGCACAGUUAAUGGUUUGUGUUGGCUCUUCUUUGUGUUUUCGUGUGUGUGUGUGUGUGUGUGUGCGUGUGUAUGCACAUGGUUCCCCAGUGGGUUCCGUGUGCUGCAGCUACGCAGGAAGACACACCAAUUGCCGGGAGUUUUGCCAGGCCAUCUUCCGCACUGACUCCUCCCCCAGCGUCUCCCAGAUCAAGACCGUCAAGGAGUAUUGCCAGGACGUCAGCCCCCAGCUGAUUGGCUGUGUGGGAAACUACACCAAGUCCUACCCAAUCAGGAGCCCCGUCGACAGUCUGUUCUGCUGCGACCGAGCGGAGGACACACACUGCCAGAGCGCAUGCCGGCGCAUCCUGCGCACACGCACCACGGAGCAGGAGAUCAUCGACGAACUGAUCUCCGAGUGCGACCGGCAGCCCCUGCCCCAGGACCCGCUCUGGCAGUGCUUCCUGGGAAGUGCACACUCACCGCCCAUCAGCGACCCUGACCCCCCCUCCACCGGCAGAGUGGCCUGCGCUAAGCUGCACUGCUGCUCCAAAGCCAAUACCUCAUUGUGUAGGGAGAUGUGCCAGGACGUCAGCACCAACUGGAGGAGCCAGACCUGGCAGGAGUUCGACCAGAUGUGCGAGUACAACCCCGUGGAGGCGGAGCUGGUGACCUGCUUGGCUGACAUCCGUGAGCCAUGCCAGCUGGGCUGCAAGGACCUCACCUACUGCACCAAUUUCAACAACAGGCCGACGGAACUGUUCCGCAGCUGCAACGCCCAGUCUGACCAGGGGGCAAUGAACGACAUCAAGCUGUGGUCCAACGGCACCAUCCACAUGCCCUUCAUGAGCAUCCCGGUGCUGGACAUCAGGCGGUGCCGGCCCGAAAUGUGGAAGGCGGUGGCCUGCUCGCUGCAGAUCAAGCCCUGCUACAGCAAAUCACGUGGAAGCAUCAUCUGCAGGUCAGACUGUGUGGACAUUCUGACCCAGUGCGGCGACCGCCGGCGGUUCCGGGAAGGACAGACUCCGGAACGCAUCUGCGACAUGCUGUCGCCCACCGACGACCCAGAGCGCUGCAUCCCACUGGAGAGAUACCUCAGCCCCAGUACGCUGAAGGACGUCAUGGAGGAGGUCCUACACCCCUGCAACCCAAACCCCUGCCCCCUCAACCAGCUGUGCGAGGUCAACAGGAAGGGCUGCCAUCCAGGCCUGGAGUGCUUGCCUUACCUCUGCGUGCCAGGCUGCAAGCUGUGUGAGGGCUCAGAGUUCCUGGUGCAUAUGGAGACUCUGAUCCAGGUGCCCUCACUCAACGGCCAAGCCGGCUGCUACGAGCUCUGUGUCUGUGGGCAGAACGGCCGGCUGGAGAGCUGUAUGGAGAUGCCCUGCGUGGAUACCUCCAAGACCUGCACCGUGGGAGGCCAGAGAAAAAAUCACGGGACGUCCUUCAUGGUGGACUGUCAGCCGUGUUCCUGCUAUGCUGGGGAGGUCAUCUGCUCCAGGCGGCAGUGCCUCGGGGCGGACAGCUCUGAGGACGAGCGGCGUCGCUUCACAGGCCUCCCGUGCCACUGUCCCGACCAGUUUGUGCCGGUGUGUGCUUGGAACGGCCGCACGUACCCCAGCGCCUGCGUGGCACGGUGCAUGGGCCUUCAGGACAGUCAGUUCCAGUUCGGCUCCUGCUGGGACCACUGGCCCUGUUCCCCGAACCCCUGUCCAAAGAACCAGAGAUGUAUCCCGAAACGGAGGGUGUGCCUCUCCAACACCACCGAGUACCCCUGCAGGCAGUACGAGUGUGUCAGCAGCUCGCUCAGCUGCGAUAAGACCGAGCUGGACCCCGCGUGCGAUGCCGCCAAUGUGGAGCACUCUAACCUCUGCCUUCUCUACCAAAGAGGGAAGACCCCAGCCUACAUGGGCCACUGCCAGGAUGCCUGCAGGCUCUCGCACCCCGUUUGCGGGCACAACGGCGAAACCUACACCACGGUGUGCGAGGCCUACUCGGACCGCGUCGCUGUUGACUACCAUGGGCGCUGCCAUGCCGUGGGCACGGUAUCUGAGUUCUCCUCCGACACUGUCUGCGGCGCCGUGCGCUGUCCCCCCCUCUCCACCAUGGACUGCAAUCCUGUCACUCCCCCCGGGGCCUGCUGCCCACUUUGUGCCGGAAUGCUGCGGAUCGUGGUCAACGCCGGCCAGAUGGACGUCUUCGCGAAGCUGAACGACAACCAGCCGGUCACCGUCCACGACAUCCUGCGUAUCCUGAGGCUUCACGUCUCGGUCCCGCAGUGCGACGUCUUUGGCUACCUGAGCAUCGACUCAGAGAUCGUGAUCCUCAUAGUGCCCGUGGACCAGCAGCCUACUGCCCUGCAG